GACGGCUAUGCUUCCUGCAAAACCGAAGUGUAUAUAGAAUCCUAGAGCCCCCAAAAGCUUCACCUGUUCCCAGCUUCUGCCCCCAUCUCCAUGAUCACGGAACACGCCAAAUUCCCUUUCCGUCUUGCCUCAUACCCUCUCCUUUGGUCGUGUUUAUCACUUAUCUACGGCAAUAUAUAUAUAUGAUAGAGACUUUGUCUUCUUCCCGGAGCCUUACUUCAGCAACCCGUGAAGGGUAUUUUCCAAACCGUCGUUACUCGUAACCUCGUCGUGUGAGAUCGUAUGUUAAGGUAUCGAUAAGUUUAGGAGGCGAAUAUAUCACGAAUUCAGGCGCGCGAACUCUCGUUUUACCCUCACUCGAGCUUCGCGACUUACAUAAAACCUCACGCUCGCUAUUCCUACCCUCGACUAUACCUAUCAUCUCUUCAGUGCCCCUCUUUACGCCAGUUUGGACGCCAGGCGCUUUAAUUACAUUGCGAAGCUAGUUACCUAGCAUAAGCCAUUUAAACCUCGAGCACAUUGAGCACAUUGGGCUUGUAAAUCCUUGUUAUACGCCACUGGUUUUUCUUUUCUUUUUUUGUGUGGAAACGCCAGGAACGGAAAGAAACAUAAAAUGGCAUUGGUCGUCGACCAAUCUUACAACAUGUUUCCCAGGCAAGAGCAAGAUUUUAUGCUCUACCCUGAAUCUCACCACACUCAUCACGCCAGUUACGCCUCGCCGCCGCUCGAUAUGCACAUGAGCCCAAGCGGUUUCGGCGGCAUCCCGCGAAGUGUACAAGAUGACUUCCCACCAACGUCAGGAUACGAAGUCGGGCCAACAUAUUCGAAUGCGCAACAUUUCAUGUACGACAGAACAUCUCCCGGUGUGUAUGCCGACGAAAGCGAACUACCGGUACCGCCCUCUAACCUCUCAACCGCAUCAGCGCCUUCUGCAGCCUCUUCAACAGUUGGAUCACCGAGUUCCAACCAUGGCCAAUUGGCAUUCUUUCCAGAGUACCAGGCAAACGCGCUCGGUGUUCACCCCGGGAUUGUUGGGUCGAGUGAUUACUUGACAGGAACUGAGUACAAUGCCUUCUCCGGUUCAGGUAUGGAAGAAUUCAACAUGACUUUUGAUAAACAAGCCGGUGGUUUUGUUGAUCCUUCCAUGAUACAUCCCGACAUCCGCGGUCCUCCGAUGGCUCCACCGCUACAGGGAUACGACCAAAAUAGCUUCUCACCUCAAAAUCCUUAUCCUAACUCACCCGCCCUCUCUGGUCCUGCUUCACCAGCGCCUGCAAUGCGCAAUGGAAGCCAAUCUCCGUACAUGCACGGUUAUCAGCAGUAUAGCCCUUUCCAAGCUCCUCCUCCGGCUCCAAGACGGCAAAGCCUGUCUUCUUACCAAUCACAUGGUUCUCACGACUACGCAUACAACAGUGACGAAUCCGAGAAGAAGCAAAGAUGUCCUCACCCGGACUGCGGUAAGGUUUUCAAGGACCUAAAGGCGCAUAUGCUCACCCACCAGAAUGAGCGACCCGAGAAGUGCCCCAUUCAGACGUGCGAUUAUCACGUCAAGGGUUUCGCUCGCAAAUAUGACAAGAACCGACACACCCUAACCCAUUACAAGGGUACUAUGGUGUGUGGAUUUUGUCCUGGGUCCGGGUCGGCAGCCGAGAAGUCGUUCAACAGAGCGGACGUCUUCAAGAGGCAUCUUACAGCCGUACACAACGUUGAACAGACCCCUCCUAACAGCAGAAAAAAGGCCGCGAACUCGGCGAACAGUGGCAAGAAGCUGACUGGCUAUGCGCCAGAUGCUACAGGCAAAUGUUCGACAUGUUCGGCUACAUUCUCUAGCGCCCAAGACUUCUACGAACAUCUGGAUGACUGUGUGCUGCGCAUCGUCCAACAGGAAGAUCCUGCCGAGGCUAUUAAUGCGAAGCGGCUAGCCGAGGUAGAGGACGAUGAGGACGUUCACCAGACCCUGGAGAAGAACUCGCUUCCCACCACCACGCAGACUGUCUCGAACUCGGACGACGAAGAGGACGAGGAUAUGGUCGACGAGGAUGACCUCGCGGACGAAGAUUUCAAGUCGAGGAAGCCAGCUUCGCCAACGAAGAAGAAGGGGAACCCGUCGAAUGGCGUUCAGAAGUCCAAGGGAAUGACACAUUCGCGAGGUGGCAUGCCAUUGUCGAGUAAGAACAAGAGCCGCAAGAACCGGCGCGAAUACCCUUCGUCGUGGGGGUUUGACAAAGGGCAGAUGACGAUGAAGAAGCGGGUGAUGGCCGUUUUUGAUGGACCUCGCCGAUUGGCUAAGGAUGACAUGAUGCUCUCCACCGAACACGAAGUCCGCCUAAAGCUCUCCGACGGCAAGUCUUACGUGACAGACCUCGACGUCAACACUAUGAAACGCGCCGAAGGAUUCCUCAACGCUACCGAGGAGGAGAAAGGAUUAUGGGUAUCCGAUGACCCGACCGAGGAAGACAUGAAGCGCAUGCUGGAAUACAGCCGCCAGCACUAAUUCGGACGUAUAUAUAUCACAUAACCAUACUAUAGUGUAUCGAUAUAGUACAGCAUUCAUGACGACCGAGACGAAGAAUGGGAUAGCAUGACUGGCGCAAGGUUUAUUGUACAUUGGGAUACAUUAAUCGGCAUAUAAAAACCUACAGGGCGGUUCCUUUUUUUCUUUCGCCGGAGGACAGACCUGUCGGCGAUCUAUAGAAGGGGAGACGGCGGAAGCGUCUCAAGGAUGACCAUCUCCGGGAGCCCAUAAGGGGCUUAAAGCAUAUUUGAAAUAUUUUGUAGUUGAUGACCUGUAUCGAUACCCUGUUUAUUUUUACGUUGACAAUGGCGUUGCAAAUACCGAAAAUACUCGGCAUUGUUCUUGAAUACCUAGAGAAAUACAUAUCUCGCUUCUGCCACAUCUCACUUGACCGCUCCCUGACGUGACACUAUACGCGUAAUUGUUAUCUAAUCAGC